AGUCAUCAACCCUGGGUUUUAAACAGCUUUAAACAGAAACCUGAAAUAUUUGUUAUCUUUCACUGCCUUACUGUAGCACCUAAGCAUAUCCAAUGUAAGAGAUCCCUGGUCCAGUAAACUUCUGUUUGUAUUCUGUUUUCCUACAGAAUUAUUUCAUUGUUCUUGUCUGUCUUUUACAGGUGUUCCUCUCUCUCCUGCCACUAGAGUCAUUGUGAUGGUGGGACCAGAAAGAUGCAAUGGUAACUUUCAAUGAGCCCCGUGACCUUCACAAGAUGCAGGUCCCAUCCCAUCUGGAUGUGCCCCUGUCACCAAGACUGCGACGCAAGAAGCUGAUGUGGCAGAACGCUGUAAAGCACAUCAUCAGCCAGCGGCAGCUAAGGGAGCAAUACGUUCUGGAGCCGGCCCACAAGAUUUACGUCACCGAUGCGUACAUUGAAGAGAUCAACCGCCAGAUCCGCAAUAAAGCAUCCCGUGGCAUGACCAAACGACGGUCGUCCGUUGCCCGUAUUCAUCCAUCGUUUUUUGGAGAGCGCAGCAGCUCCGCCAGCACGCAGGCUGGGAUCUUGGCUGACUACGCCAGCGACGCAGACUUUUUUGUGCGCUGGGGUCGCACCAUUCAUGGGGUCUACGUGCCAACAUUGAGGCACACCUUCAAAUCCCGAGACCUGGAGAAGCUCUACCAUCGCCACUCCUCACACACCAGACGCACCUCACUAGUGGUCACCAACAUUUUAGAUGCCGCUGCCAAGCUUCACUUGUUGGUCCUGUACCUGGCAUUGGUGCCAGACGGCUCAGACCUGCUGCGUGGCUGCCUCACUGCUGUUUUCUUGGCCUUUGCUUUGGUGCUUUGUGUUCUUGUGCUCACUUGUAAACGUUCACAUUCCCCAGAAUGGUUGCAUUACGCUGGCAUAGCCAGCUGGCUGUCGCAGACCGCUCAGGUUCUGGGUGGGCUCGGGUACGGGCUGGAGAAUGACCCAUCGUGGUAUGUUUUGUUCACCCUGUUUGCCACGUACACUCUUCUCCCUUUGCCACUGUUGUGGGCCAUGGCAGCUGGCUCACUCACCUCCACACUGCACCUCAUUGUGGAGACAGCACGGAACUUCAAUGAAGUGGGACUGCUGAGAAAGAUUCUUGCAAAGGCCUUGCUGUACAUAAGCAUGAACACGGCAGGUCUUUUCAUCCAUUACCUGACGGACCGAGCUCAGAGACAGGCCUUCCUUGAAACACGCCGCUGCAUCCAGGGCCGCAUGAAGCUGGAGACAGAAAACCAGAGACAAGAGCGUUUGGUCUUGUCUAUACUGCCUCGCUUUGUUGCCUUUGAGAUGAUUGCUGAUAUGACUGCCAUGGAUAGUGAGCUGCUCCCUCAGCAGUUCCAUAAGAUCUACAUCCAUCACUACACUGACGUCAGCAUCCUGUUCGCUGAUAUAAAGGGAUUUACUCUGUUGUCCAUGACAAUGUCUGCCCAGGAGCUGGUGCGCACCCUCAAUGAGCUCUUCUGCCGUUUUGACCGCCUAGCUGAGGAACACCACUGCUUGAGGAUAAAGAUCCUGGGGGACUGUUACUACUGUGUGUCUGGAGUGCCAGAGCCUCAGAGAGCUCACGCUCGUUGCUGUGUAGAGAUGGGUCUGGCUAUGAUCGGCACAAUAAGGUAUGUGAGAAAGCAGCUGAACCAUGACAUGGAUAUGCGGAUUGGGAUCCACUCAGGCUCGGUUCUGUGCGGGGUUUUGGGCCUGCAGAAGUGGCAGUUUGAUGUGUGGUCCUGGGACGUGGGCAUUGCUAACAUGUUAGAAGCAGGGGGCAUCCCUGGUCGUAUCCACAUCUCACGAGCCACCCUGGACUGUCUGGAAGGGAACUACCAAACCGAGGAUGGGCGUGGUUAUGAACGCAAUGAGUUUCUGCGAAAACACAACAUCGACACUUUCCUCAUUUGCCACAAGGAGGAGGAGCUCGAUGAAGUGGAAGCGGAGCCUCACAAGAUACGCACCAGUCGCACCUGGAACACGAAUAUUCCCUUUGGCAACAUGGUUGAAAUGAACUGUAUUUUGGCUUCAUUCACUAACGGCUCCUUACUGCAGCUGCCGAACUCAAGAAACCGACGCUCCAGCUCCAAGGAGAUUAAUAAACGGAUCGAGCACGCCAUUGACCUGCGCAGCAGUGAGCGCAUGAGGCAGGAGCACAUCACUGCGGCCACACUGGUGUUCAAGGACACACACAUUGAGGAGAAGUUUUCACAAAUUAGAGAUGAAACUUUUAAGACCAACCUGGUGUGCUCCUUCAUCAUGUUCCUCUUCCUCAUGGCAGUCCAGACUCUCAUCCCUGCACCCAGGUUAUAUCCCAUCGUGAUCCAGUUCAGUCUGGUGCUGCUGGGCUAUCUGCUGUUGUUGGUGAUGGCGCUGUCUGAGGAGUUUAAGCGCUCUCCUGCUGUCCUGCAGCAACUUUGCUGCUGGAUCCAUGAAAACAACAGCAUGCGCAGCCUGCUGACCAUCACUGCUAUAGCCAUUAACUUCGGCAUGGCUUCUGCUGACAUGGUUUGGUGUAACUUAAUAGAUAAAGAAGAAGAGAGUGGUGAUAAGAACAAUGUGAAUCUGUCCAGUCAGAUGACCCUAACCAUCUGCACCCAUCCUGAGUUUUUUGUACUGAGUGGGGUUGUCUCUAUGGUUACCUGUGCCGUGUUUCUGAGACUGAGUUCGCUGCUGAAGCUGACUGUUCUGUUACUGAUGGUUACUGUCUACACUUACUUCGUUGAAGUGGCCUUCCAUGCACUUUAUGUCAGUCAGCAGGAGCAGGAGCAAGUGCUCAGAUCUCACUACUUAAGGAGAAAGGGAGUGUCCAUUCUGUUAAUGGCCAUGUUUGUGAUAGCUGUGUUCUACAAUGGCCGACAGUGGGAGGCCACAGCGAGACUGGACUUCUUAUGGCGUCUGCAGGCUCAGCAGGAAGUGGAGGACAUGCGGGAGCUGAGGGAGCACAAUGAGUGUCUGCUGCACAACAUCCUGCCCGCACAUGUCACGCGCCACUUUCUGGACAGGAACAAAAAUGAUGAUGAGCUGUAUGCCCAGUCAUAUGAUGAGGUAGGGGUGAUGUUUGCCACCAUCGCUGGCUUCAAUGACUACUAUGAGCAGAAAGAGAUUAAACGCGAGGGGGUGGAAUCUCUCAGGCUUCUCAAUGACAUCAUUACUGACUUUGAUGAGCUGCUGGAAGAGACAUAUUUUUUGGAUAUUGAGAAAAUCAAAACAAUUGGAAGCUGCUACAUGGCAGCAUCUGGCUUAUCACCUGAUAAACAGGUUGGUGAUUCUAAUAGUAACUGGCAUCACCUGAGUGAGCUGGUGCUGUUCGCAAUGGCAAUGCAGGAGACCCUAAGAGAAAUUAACAAACACACCUCCAACAGCUUCCAGCUCCGUGUCGGAAUCGCACAUGGUCCUGUAGUUGCGGGUGUUAUUGGUGCUGCUAAGCCACAGUACGAUAUCUGGGGGAUGACGGUGAACCUGGCAAGCCGCAUGGACAGCACAGGCAUUAGUGGGAGGAUCCAGGUACCUGAGCCCACCCAGAAAAUUCUGGCAGACUGGGGCUUUGUGCUGGAGCUGCGUGGUGAGAUCUUCAUAAAGGGCGUGAGCGAGCGCCAGGGGCGUUUACGAACCUACUUUAUCAGCAGUAACAGGGGCCAAAGGACAAGAAACGGGCCUGCGGGAGGCGGAGGGACGGCCAGCCAUAGCGGAGGCAGGAACACGCUGGCCUGUGUGGUGUUCAGUCUUCUCCGGGCCAUUCAAAAGGAAAAGCAAAGAGGCAUCACUGGAAGAUUCACUCUGCCCACUAACAGUGUGCAGUGUUAA